AUGCCGCUCUCGACCAUCAUGUCCGUCAUGACGCCCUCGAGCUCCGCAGCUACGCUCGCUCACUCCGCCAACGUCGCGCCGGCCAAUGCCACCAUCAGCGAUGGCACAGGCGCACCCGGACCGAGCACGGCGCCUUCCAGUCAGGCCGCCGCCCAGUCCGCGUUACCGGCGGGCGCUCAUAGCGGUACAACUAUCGGCGUCAGCGGCAGUGGAUACGGCACCAACUCCAACCCCGUAUCGGCCCUAAUCGCAGGCAGGGCCACCCUCGUCGCGCCUCCCAGCCUUUCCACCGUCAACCACUCCGACGCCGCCCACGCUGGCAGUCGCUCCCGCGACCGCCUACAGCGUCUCACCGGCCGUACCUCGCAGCUAUCUGUGCGUCCAGACCUCCAGCAGAACGUGUCUCCACCGACGGCAGCCCUUCCCGUCUAUACCCGCGAAAACAUCUCGACCUCACAGGGUUGGAGCAUCACCGCCACCGCCACCGCCACCACCUUCGGCCCGCAGCAAAGCAGCAGCAAUAAACCGCCACCACCAAUACCCGCGGGCUCGGAAGCGGCAGAGGAGUUCGCUGUGCACCCCUCGUUCGCCAAGGAUGCCGAUCAGCGCGGAGACGUCCUGGUCCGCGUCGAAGGCGUCGAGUUCUACGUCCACAAACACAUCCUCAUGUUCUCGUCGCCCUUCUUCGCAUCGCUGCUCGAGGGCGAAUGGAAAGAGUCGCAGCUCGCCUCCGCCCUCGCCGACCGCGGCAGCCUGCGCUCCUCGUCUUCAUCUUCGUCUCCACCUUCGUCCUCACCAUUGCCAUUGUCGUUGCAUCCAGCUGUUCGCGAGAAUGCACUCGUCCCCGUCGCUUCCGCAUUGAACGAGGAGAUCGAGCUGCUGGCCGACGGCCACGACGGGGCAAGACGUGAGCAACGACAUCGUAACAACGGAGGAGGAGGCAACAGCGGUACAGCCAAUGUGGCAGAGGCACGAAUCGACGCCAAACAGCCCGUUCGGACCGAGGCGUCUACACAAGGCGUUGUGCGCCAGAUCGGCACGCCACUCGGAUGGUCAAGCACUCAAGGCGACGCAGCGGAACCCGAGCCUCGAUCCGACGAAAAUGAUACUGGCCACGGCUCCAUUGUGUUUCCCGAAUAUUCCUUCCUCAACGACGGCCAUCGGCAGACUCCACGCAUCGCGAGGAGUGAGGACGGCGACCAAGACCACGACCACGACCAAGAGCAGGGACGUGACUCUGACCAUGACCAUGAUGACCGAGAUAGUGGUGGUGUCAUGGAUGCGCACGCCCGGCACAGCACGGUCCGCGCAUCAUUCUACACUGCCGAGUAUCACUUCGAGGACGCCAGCGACUCGAGCAGUGACGAGCCUCGCGACGACGCUCGAGCGGCAAUCGCCGGAACGGCGGAACACGGCGCACACGACGACAUCGAGGCGACGAGGGAGGAACGCAUUGCGCAUGCAGAGAGGGCGCUCGAGGGCAAGUUGGAAAGUCGCCGAGUCUCUCGGCGCAUGUCUGCUCAAUCGCUGGCAUCAGAGCUCGAACAGACGUCGAAGUCGAGCAGACCUACUGCUCGGUCUGAGCCUACCGCUGGCGCUGACGGCGCUCCUACUAUGGCGUUGACCGCGGGGAGCGUGCGGCGAGGCUCUCUCGAGCAUCUAACGGGCGGCGGCACGCCAGAGCCCCGCGACAAUGCGUCCGAGACUGCCUAUGCUGUCCGCCUCUCGCGACGUCGUAGCGCCAGCCUUGACAGCUCGCGCAAGUCAGCGAUGCAUCCAAGCAAGCAUCGUCCCAAAGCGCGCAGCAUCGCGCUACAGCGCAAGAUCUCGAGGCACUUGGGCUGCGGCGCUGGAGGCAGUGGUAGUGCUGACGACCUUGGAUCGACGGCGAUACCGACGCGCAAGUCAUCCAAGAGCUUCGACCUGUCGGCCAUGCCAAAGGCUCUGACACCGGCGUCGUCGUCGUCGCCGUCUGCCGCUCCCGCUGCUGCCAGCCCCAAGGGUGCUCAAUCUGGAUCAGAGCCUGUCAGCCCAUUGGCUCGGUUUGAAUCGCUGGCCACGCCGCCAAGCUCACCGCUGCCGCGUGCCUCGAUGAGCAGAGACUGUGGCAAUGCUCUUAGAAGCGAAAGCGGCAUUGAUUCGACCAUGCAGCAACAGCAGCAGCAGCGGCGGCGAUCGAGUAACCCGAUUGGCGUCCUGCCAGCCCCGGCGCCAUCAUCAUCCCCGCCGAAAUCACCGCUUCGUCGCAUGGCCAAGGGCCGUCGGCGCGACGUCGAAGGACACCAAUCGACUCGGGCUUCUGAUGCAUCGAAGCUGGCACCCCCAAGGCGGAGCAUCAACGCUGGUGGCGGCGUCGCGCGACUGGUCGCCGUCGUCGACUUGGAAGAGGAGACAGCUGCGACGUUCCAAAGCUUCCUCUUCCACGUCUACCCACACCUCGACCUGCACGUCACGUGGUUCAACUGCGGUCCGUUGCUGCGCUUCGCCGACAAGUUCCAGGUGCCUUACAUGCGGCGGUGCUGUGUCGCCUUUCUAAAGACGGCGCUGCCUGGUCGACCGAUCGAGGCGAUGCGGAUCGCCGAAGAGCACGGCCUGCCGGAACAGUACAAAGAGGCAAGCCGACACGUGCUCGACAACUACUCGGAGUGGUACCCAGAAGAACUCGAGAGCCUGAGCAGCGAGACGCUGCUCAAGUUGGAGCGCAAGCGCACCUGGUUCCUCGAGCGGAUGCUCAAGCUGGGCCUGUGCAGUCCGGCGCGCGACUACGAGUGCCACGCCAACUGUCCCGAUCCGCACAGCUGCGCGCGGCUGCUCCAGGAAAAGUGGCAGACCGCCUAUGCCAACACCUUCCGCUUCAGCCCGCCGCAGCCGAGCGCCAUCUUCCGCCACCUGCGCGAGCUCGACGGGGCGCCAUUCCUCGCCAUGAGCGCGUGUCAGAGCACCGCUCGGGCGUGGGUGCGGCUCCUCUUCGACCGCAUGUUCAGCCUCGAUACGCUCCACGCCCCGCGACAGUUCUUGUUCGUCAGGCUCGAUACUGUCCCGCCGCCGCAGUCCUUCAGGGCCGGGGCAAGCAGCGGUACGGGUGGCGGCGGCGGCGUCGUCAAGGAUUUCUGA